CCUCCCAACCGCACGUUAUAUAUCUCUCUCCCCAAUUACCCAAACCCAUAAACACCGUAAUUUCACCCCCGCAAUCUCCACUCCAUCCUUUUCUUUUUCAAUUUUUUUUUGGUUAGUGGAGAUCGGAAACAGAGAGUUAUAAUUAAAAAAAAAAAAAAAGACAAAUUAAUUAAAAUAACAAAUAAUAAUGGGGAGGACAAGCAUGUUGUCUGUGGUGGCGGUUGUAUGGCUGUUGUUGGUGGCGGAUAAAUGCAGGGGAAUGGGUGAAGAAGCCUUGCAAGAUGUGAAGGAUAAUGUUAGUGAAAUUACUAAAGAUACAAGUCUUGAUGAGAAAGCCGAAGCAGUAAAAUCUGGGGCUUCCGACGUUUUCCACGAUGCUAAGGAAAAUGCUGAGUCGUGGUCCAACUGGGCUUACGGCAAGAUUUCCAAGGGAUUAGGAUUUAACGGAGAAGAAUUGAAAGAGACGGCCCACUACGUGGUGGAUAAAGCAGGGGAUGCAGCCACAAAAACCACAGAAAAAGUUAGCACAGCAGCUUCAGAAUUAUCAGAUGCAUCGAAUUACGCAUCUGAGAAAGCGGGGGAAGCGGUGAAGGCUGCUUCGGAUGCGGCGGGCAACCUGAAGAGCAAGUCAGGGGAUGUGAUCGGGACAGCGACGGAGAAGGCGAGCGAUAUUAAAACGAAGGCGAAAGAGACGUUGGUGGAUGGGAAAGACAAGGCGGCGGAGGUGUAUGAGGCGGCGAAAAACGAGGUGGGACAGAAAUUUAAGGCGGCGAAAGAGAAUGUGAACUGCGUAGCUGCUAAAGAGAUGGCGUCAAAGAGCGCCGGGGAAAUUGGGUAUAGAAUUAGGGAGAAGACUGCCGAGCUGUGAACACGACACGUCGCUUUUUGGUUUAUGGCCUUUUUUUUUUUUUUUUUAAUCGUAUUGAUUUUUAUUUUGAUUUUAUUGUUCGGUCUAGAGAUUUGAGUUAUAAUGGAUGUGUUUUUUGUUUUGGUGUUCAAUAAAAUAUUAGUUGAAGUGUUUAGUUCUGUUUUGUGGCGUUUGUUUCAUGCAUCGUAUGUUGAAGCCAGCCUUCUCUUAGGUUGCUACUUUUAGAUCCGAAUCUGGCCAUCUUUUUUACUAUAUUGUUUCUGUAUGUUUGCU